UUUUUUUACAUCCAGGUUCGGGGCUUUUGGGUGAGGCCGGUCCUUCAGUUGCUGCAGGUGGAUCCAGGAUGGGAGGUGGAGGCCAGCAGACGGAGCAGGGGGAGCCGGGCAGCGGGAAGGCUGCAGGUGUCUACACCUGGGAGGAGGUCCAGAAACACAGCAGCAGGACCGACCAGUGGCUCGUCAUCAACAGGAAGGUCUACAACAUCACUCAGUGGGCCAGAAGACACCCGGGGGGGUUCAGGGUCAUCAGCCAUUAUAGUGGAGUGGAUGCCACGGAGGCGUUCGCUGCUUUUCAUCCUGAUCUAAAGUUGGUGCAGAAGUUUCUGAAGCCUCUGCUGGUUGGAGAGUUGGCACCAACAGAACCGAGUCACGACGGGAAGAAAGAUGCAAAAAUCAUUCAAGAUUUUAAUCAUUUACGGGAGCAGGUGGGGAAAGAGGGUCUUUUCCGUGCUCGGCCUCUGUUCUUCUGCCUCCACCUGGGUCACAUCCUGCUGCUGGAGGCCCUCGCCUGGCUCAUGGUUUCAUACUGGGGGACGAGCUGGACGCUGACAUUACUGUGUGCACUGCUGCUUGGAACUGCUCAGUCCCAGGCUGGAUGGCUGCAGCAUGACUUUGGUCACCUGUCUGUGUUCAGGAAGUCCAAGUGGAAUCAUCUGGUGCACAAGUUUGUCAUGGGACAUUUGAAGGGAGCUUCAGCCAACUGGUGGAAUCACAGACAUUUCCAGCAUCACGCCAAACCCAACAUCCUCAAGAAAGAUCCUGACGUCAACAUGUUGCAUGUGUUUGUGCUUGGAAACACUCAACCUGUGGAGUACGGCAGUAAAAAAAUGAACUACCUGCCCUAUAAUCACCAACAUCGGUACUUCUUUCUAGUGGGACCCCCGCUGCUCAUGCCCGUUUAUUUCCAGAUUCAGAUAAUGAAGGGCAUUAUUUCCCAGCGUGAUUGGGGGGACCUGGUCUGGUAUUUGUCAUACUACAUCCGCUUCUUUUCCUGUUAUACACCUCUGUACGGCUUUUUGGGCUCGGUGGCCCUCAUGACGUUCGUCAGGUUCUUAGACAGCCAGUGCUUUGUGUGGGUGACUCAGAUGAAUCAUCUACCAAAGGAGAUCGAGUACGAGAGGCACCAGGACUGGCUGACCAUGCAGCUAAAAGCCACGUGUAAUAUCAAGCAGUCCUCCUUCAACGACUGGUUCUGUGGACACCUCAACUUUCAAAUUGAGCACCAUUUGUUCCCCACGAUGCCUCGCCACAACUACCACCUGGUGGCCCCGCGGGUUCGAGCUCUGUGUGAAAAACAUGGGAUUCUUUACGAGAUGAAAACUUUGUGGCGAGGAAUGGCUGAUGUUGUCAGUUCACUGAAGACCUCAGGAGAGCUCUGGAUGGAUGCAUACCUCCAUAAAUGA